AUGCAGAAGCAGACGAUAAUGAUUGCCCUGAGCAAGAAAGGCUCGUGUUCUUCUCAACUCUGCCUGGCUCUCUGUGCCUUGGGGCUGGCGUUGCUGGGGGACGUGUCCCAGGCUGUACCCAUGGACGAUCAGGAUUAUUACCUGCAGGAGAUUAGCAACAGGGAUCAUUAUUAUUCCUUUCCCUAUCCUGGUGAAGAGUUUUUUCCUUUCACGGAGCAACCUGGAGAGGAAGGACCUAAACGUGCCGCAGAGACGGAGGAGCACCCAGGGUUCAAACCCAGCAGGAAAGAGUUAAAGCCAAAGAAAAACGGCAAAAAAGGAAAAUCCAUUCUUGAAACUCCACCAGAUUGUCCUCCACUUGGGCUAGAGACAUUAAAAAUUACUGACUUCCAGCUCCAUGCCUCUACAGCGAAGCGCUACGGCCUUGGGGCCCACAGAGGAAGGCUUAAUAUUCAGGCAGGUGUUAACGAAAAUGAUUUUUAUGAUGGUGCUUGGUGUGCAGGAAGAAAUGACCCAUAUCAGUGGAUUGAAGUAGAUGCUCGAAGGCUGACAAAAUUCACUGGAGUCAUCACACAAGGAAGAAACUCGCUCUGGUCGAGUAACUGGGUGACCUCUUACAGAGUAUUGGUGAGCAAUGACAGUCAUGCAUGGACUGCUGUCAGAAAUGAAUCUGGAGAUGUGAUUUUUGAAGGAAACAGUGAGAAAGAGAUCCCAGUGCUCAAUAUGUUGCCAGUGCCACUGGUUGCACGUUAUAUCCGUAUAAACCCCCGGUCCUGGUUUGCAGAAGGUAGCAUCUGUAUGAGACUGGAAAUCUUAGGGUGUCCUUUGCCAGACCCAAAUAAUUAUUACCACAGAAGAAAUGAAAUGACAACCACAGAUAAUCUGGACUUUAAGCAUCACAACUACAAGGAAAUGAGGCAGUUGAUGAAAACUGUAAAUAAAAUGUGCCCGAAUAUCACAAGAAUUUACAAUAUUGGAAAAAGCAACCAAGGUCUAAAGCUGUAUGCUGUCGAGAUUUCUGACAACCCAGGAGAACACGAAGUUGGUGAACCAGAAUUUAGGUAUAUCGCAGGAGCUCAUGGGAAUGAAGUCCUUGGACGUGAGCUAAUCCUUUUGUUAAUGCAGUUCAUGUGUCAGGAAUACCUGGCUGGGAACCAACGCAUUGUGCAUCUUAUUGAAUCCACCAGAAUCCACCUCCUGCCCUCAGUCAACCCAGAUGGAUAUGACAAGGCAUAUAAAGUGGGUUCAGAACUAGGGGGCUGGUCUUUAGGACGAUGGACUCAGGACGGCAUUGACAUCAACAACAAUUUCCCUGAUUUAAACUCUUUGCUCUGGGAGUCAGAAGAUGAGAAGAAAAGUAAAAGAAAAGUUCCAAACCAUUACAUCCCAAUCCCUGACUGGUACCUGUCUGAAAAUGCCACCGUGGCGGUUGAGACACGGGCUAUAAUAGCAUGGAUGGAAAAAAUUCCUUUUGUGCUGGGUGGCAACUUGCAGGGAGGAGAGCUGGUGGUGGCCUACCCCUACGAUAUGGUGCGAUCCAUGUGGAAGACCCAGGAUUAUACACCCACCCCAGACGACCACGUCUUCCGCUGGCUGGCCUAUUCCUAUGCCUCCACCCACCGGCUGAUGACGGAUGCGAGGAGGAGAGCAUGUCACACAGAGGACUUCCAAAAGGAGGAUGGCACUGUUAAUGGAGCCUCCUGGCAUACUGUGGCUGGAAGCAUAAACGACUUCAGUUACCUGCACACAAACUGCUUUGAGCUGUCCAUCUAUGUUGGCUGUGACAAGUAUCCCCAUGAGAGCGAGUUGCCUGAGGAAUGGGAGAACAACCGCGAGUCCCUGAUUGUUUUUAUGGAACAGGUCCACCGGGGCAUCAAAGGCAUAGUGAAAGAUGUGUAUGGGAAGGGAAUCCCAAAUGCUGUCAUUUCAGUAGAAGGUGUUAACCAUGACAUCCGCACAGGAGCCGAUGGGGAUUACUGGCGUCUUCUCAACCCGGGGGAAUACGUGGUGAGUGUGAAGGCAGAGGGCUACACCGCCGCCACCAAGACCUGUGAGGUCGGCUAUGACAUGGGAGCUACCCAGUGCGACUUCACCAUCUCCAAAACCAACAUGGCCAGAAUCAAGGAGAUCAUGAAGAAGUUUGGGAAGCAGCCCAUGAGCCUAUCCAUGCGGCGGCUCAGGCAGAGGGCUCGGCAGUGGCGGCAGCAGCGAUAGGCCUCAGCCCCAGCAGCCCGCGGCCUUCACGACCCCUGCUUCUCUCAGCCUGGCUGUAGUCGUAGUGAGAGUUACAUAACCCAUCUCUUCAUACGUAUUCCUCUGCACCAAGGCCUUUCUGUUAGUGGAGCUGGAUGAAUAGUGGGAGUUUUUCAGUUUGGUGGCAAAUCAGAACCAAAAGAAGCCCCAGGUUGGAGGGAGAGGCAGGAAGAAUGCAGUAAGAUGUUUUCAGUUAGCCUGGAAUGAAUUUUUCUACUUGUUGAGCUAUUUAAUCUGUUGUAAAUCUGUUUUCUUUAAAAAUACAGAAAAAGGAAAAAAAAAUACUUACAAAGAAGUGUUGUUUUGGAUGAAAAGUCGAAAAGUGUUGUUUCUGAAGUAUAAAAUUGGUAUAUUUUUGCAAUUAGACAAUUUUUUGACACUCUUUACAUUUUAUUCUUAUAUAAGAAGAGAAGAACAUCUAUCGAAUAUCAUUAACAUUUGUGUCAAAAUUUCAGUCUCCCCUUUCCCUGCAAAUCCACCUUUUGAUAAGCACUUUAGCUUCCCUGCUUGGGGUCUUUAUACGUAAGGAUGUCUUGUGAUUCCAGGGUUUAAUGCCAGGAGUUUUUUCUCCUCUUGCUUUUAAAGGCUACAAUUUUACUCCAUGAAUUAGACCUAACAAAAAGGGCAUGGGUUAAGGACCACUUCAGCACCGUGGCAUGGCACCACCUGCGAGAAGGACUCCAAACAAAACUGGUCAUGUGAAUGCAGCCAGUUGCACCAUAUGUAUGAGAGAAGAGGUUGUGUCACUUAUAAGUGCAUCGUUCACAAAUCUGUUAUCAUCUUUUUUUCUUGAGUUUUGACCUGCUCCUAGGUGCCUUUUAUGCUGAUGCACACCUUGUGCCACUGCCUUCCGCGGCAUGCAAGGGAUUUUGUGUUCUGCAUGGUCGAUUCAUCUUGGUACUGCAGCUGCUGCUGCUUUUCUGGCCUUGUGAUUCUUUGAGAGCAGGAUUUGUGCUUUAUUAUCAGCUUUUAAGUAACCAAAUUGUACAGCAGAUCUAGGAAAGAACGAGCUUAUAUAAACACUGGAUAAAGUAUCAGCUGGUGAAAAUCAACUUUGCUGUGUUAGCUUCAAUGUUAUAACCUCAGUUACAGCAAAUGAAGGGCCAGCUGUAUGGUUUUAGCUAGUCAAAAGUCUAUGGCUAAAUAAACAUCACUUAAUAUGCUUGGUAGAAAGGCUGCAAUACAUGCUUCCAAAUCUAAUUCUGUUUAAAAACAGUUUAAUUGCUGUAACAGUGUUUGCCUAUUUGGUAUGAUUCUUGGAAAAGACAUUUCACCAAAGUGUCAUUCAAAACUGAGGGAAAAUAAAGUGCAAGUAGAAAAUUUACUGUAAAAAUACCACGUGCCCUCUGUAUUAAAACUUUUUUCUUGUCAAGGAAACUUGUAAACACACAAAAGGGAAAAGAUUGCAAAAUAUUCAGGAACCCUUGCAUAAUAAAUAAUCCUAUUCUCAAAUUUCCUAGACAAUCCCAGUCUGUGAUUGUUCUGCAGAUACUAGUAAAUAACAGCAAUGUAUUUGGUAGCAAGAGCUCAAAGAAAACAGAAGAGUGCAUGCAUGAUUUUCUAUAACUGAAGUUAUGGAAAUCCAGCUCCCAAUAGACAUCAUUUAAAUUGAGUAACAGAGGUAAACAAAUAAUCCAAUCACAACAUUAGCAUUUGGAAUUGGAUUUUACUUAUUUCACUCCAUUUACACCCUUUGCAACAUUGUACUUGCCAUAUAGUUUUUAUAGCAAAUAUAGCAGCAACAUGUCAAGAAAGGGGUUUUUUGGCAACUGAGAAGGUAUUAACGAUGUCUUUGUGCAAGGAGCGAAAUGAAAUGACUUUGGAGUAUGGAAUAAUGACAGCAGACAAUUUGUUAGCUGUUUAAUUUGGCUUGUUCAUUGGCUUAUGUAGAUUUUGUAACUACUACAGUAGAUGAGGGCCAUACAUGAUUUUUUGUGUUAUGAAUGGAUGGAUUUUGCAAGGUGGCUUCUCUCUGAACUCCCAAGAAGGAUACCAAAUCAUCUUGCUAGGGGUCUUUGGUAUGCAUAGGUGAAUAAGGAACUAACCAGUCUAAUCUGAUAAUCAGAUUGAAGGUGGAAAACAUUCUCUUAGUCCUGACAGGUCAGGUCUUUCUGAGGUAAUGUUUCAGGCUGGUUUGGUAUCUGUUUUAUAAGCCUAAGAGAUCCCUAUGUUUUUCUCAACAAGAAGUUGUUUUCAAUUUGAGAGCAAGAAGUGGAUUUGGUGGGAAAUUCUUCAGUGUCUAUUAGCUAAAGCUACACAGAGUCUGCUUGCUAAAGAUCUCAGUAACAUCAGAUGCUGAAGACAGUGGCCUUUGUGCACUUUGCUGCCCGUGACUAGUGCUUAAAUAUCCUUGGGCACAGCAGGACUAUGAUUAAUGAAGGUGACCUUACUCCUUUUUAG